UGCUGCUACUACUGCUAAGUCGUUUCAGUCGUGCACAGUAAGCGGUUAAUUACGGUCUGGGGGCGGGGCCAACGCCCGGGAGGGGCGGGCUCUGCCACACUUUGCUCAUGCGCAGCCCCUGGAGUCCGCGCCUCAGGAUGUCCCGUUCUAUGGAUCCACUGGCAAAGAAGAUCUUUAAAGGAGUGUUAGUAGCUGAACUUAUGGGCAUUUUUGGAGCAUAUUUUUUGUUUAAUAAGAUGAACACAAGCCAAGAUUUCAGGCAUACAAUGAGCAAAAAAUUCCCUUUCAUCUUAGAAGUGUAUUACAAAUCCAUUGAACACUCUGGAAUGUAUGGAAUCAGAGAGCAAGAUCAAGAAAAAUGGCUGAGCAAUAAAAAUUAGGAGUAAGUGGAAUUUUACUUUGUAAUUUAUUUAGAAAACACUGAUUUUCUUUGCUUUUUCAUUUUUUGAGUGGUUUUUGGCCUCUUUCUGAAGUUUUUCUUCCUCUUGAUGAUGCUUUUCACAUCUCUGUUGUGUAACCAGUCAUCACGUUCAGCCUCCCAUCUAAGCUGUUUGAGACCUUUGCGGGGGAGAAGAAAGAUGAGUGCACGGUAGAUUCUUGGGGCUCCAGAGAACACCCUGAGUGACAGGAGCUUCCAGUCUGCCAUGGCCUAUCGUCACUUCCCAUCUGCCCCACAAACUCCUGCUUAUUUGCUGCUUUCCUUCUGUAUUUAUCAUUAAAGAUUUACUUACAAAUAAACAACUAGGACAGGAAAGGAACAAAUGCUCUAAAGAUUUUCUUUUCCCUGAACACUCACUGGUGAAAGAAGAGCAGCCAGUUAACUAUCAAUAUCAGAAAUAAUUAAAAGAUGCAUAAAAUAUUUAUAAAGUUACUUAGCAAAUUUAUACUAUAUAAAAAUAGCCUGCCUCCAUUAAAAAAAAAAAAAGUAGUUUUUGUAGGCUGUAGUCUUUUUUGCUGUAGUGUACUUUUUAAUCCCAUAUGCUCUGCAGACAGAAGUGAAAAAGUCAUUCCUUCCAGAUUGUAAGGAAUCAUUUUUCCCUUCUUACUAUCAAAAGUUCCUCCAAAAAUAUUUAGAUCUUCAGAAAUUAUAACUUAAGACUAUUUUAAAACCUCAAUAAAAAUUUAAGUUACUUACUUGCAUUAUCUUUGUUAGCCAUGGCAUUCAUGCCAAUGUUAUCAAACUUGGAUCCCAUAUUUUCAUCCAAUAGGUGGCCAAACUUAAAAAGAAGAGUCGGGGGGGAGGUGCGGAGAAUACAUUUAUUAGAAAACUUAAAAAAAAACAAUGUACAACAGCUAAGUGCUUAAAACAAUGCAUUAGCCUUACCUCUUCAGCAGAUACAAAUAAACUGGAGUCAUCCAAGUCUCUUUUCUUUUUUUUUCUCGGUCCUAAAAAAGUAUAAGCCUACAUUAUUAAGUUGUAAAUCCAAUAAUUUUGUAGAAAUAAGAUCUUCAACGUAGCUUUGUUAAUAUAUAUUUAUUUGGCUUAAAACACACAGUUAUAAUUAUCUUCUAUGAGCAUCAUUAGGCAGCUGGCAUUAAAGACAGAAAAAUAACUUGAAUUAGUAUACAGUAUUUUUUUUAAGUUAAUAUCCUAAUAGAACUGUUCAGGUGACAACAGUGUCUUCUUGUCUUUCAGAUCUGACCAUCAAUCAAAGUUUCAUUUCAAAGUAUUUCAAAGUAUCAGGCAAGAUUAAAAUUCUGAAAUU